UUCAAAAACGUGUAUUAAAAAUCAAUAUCCAUAUAUAAUUUUAAAAUAGAAAUAUAAAAAACACCUUCUACUUUAAAAAAAAACAAAACUAUAUUCUUCCUCCUUACAAAUUGGUCAAAUUUUUUUUACGAGCCUUUGAUUAUGAAAUUUAUCUUAUAUCAAACAUAUAAACAGAAUAAUGAAUGGUGAUCAUAAAAUUCCACCGGCGAUUCCACCUAGACGAAAACCCGAUCCUCAGCAUGCCAAGAAUUCAUCUUCCCAUCUUAAGGAUCAUUCCAAAAUUGACUAUUUGCAAAAACAAAAAAAUAUUUUAGAAGAUAAGCAGCGGAUAAAAAUCCAACAGGCCGGUGCUAUUCAUUAUCACUCCAGACACAAUAUACUAGAAUAUGACGACGGAAGUCAAAUAUUUCUGUCGACCGAUGAUAAACUCAACGAUGGUGACACAUCUAGGUUGAUAUCCUCGCCCUUGGAUAAUUCCAAGGAUAUCAAAACGGGAAAUAUGCAUUUCAUGCGCCAUAAAGCACCCAAUCAUAGCUCAUCUAUGGCAACUUUAUUGCCGGGGGCUGGGCAAGUAUCCGAAGAAACAGAUGGGGACGAUUUCUUAGUAGAUUUUAGGAACGAAAGAGCAAUAUCCUCUUACGGAAAUACCACCUGCUCAGAACUCGAAAUGGAGGAUGAAGAGAGUACUCCCAUAUUUCCUAACAAUUAUCGCGAAAGCCCUCAGUACAGGAAGGAGGUCGAUCCUCUAAAGCGGACAAAUGGUCUUAAGGCUAACGAUGACAAUCACGUCAUAUAUCUGAAAGAUGAUAUGUUCGUCAACAAAGAAGAGAUCCAAGAAAAGACGAAAAAGUCCGAUAACUCUAACACACUUCUUAUCGACAAGGACGACGAAAAUUUAAACAUAAACGAGACUCCCGUAAACAGUCACACGGUCAAUCCCAACGAAAGUACGGAUGCUAACCUACCUCCAUUAUCAGAGAUUACGGAAAAUCUGGAAAGAUUCGCCCUACUUCCGGCUCCCAAGGGAAGCCUCGUGAAAUGUCGCAUAUCUAGGGACAAGAAAGGCAUGGAUAGGGGAAUAUACCCUACUUACUAUCUACAUUUAGAAAGGGAUGACGGCAAAAAGGUUUUCUUGUUAGCGGCUAGGAAGCGGAAGAAAAGCAAAACAUCGAACUAUCUCAUUUCCGUCGAUCCCACAGAUUUAACAAGAGGCGGCGAUUCGUUCGUGGGUAAACUUAGAUCUAAUAUGCUAGGAACCUCCUUCACCAUAUUCGACAAUGGAGAUAACUACAAGCGAGCGCAAUUCACGGGAUCUAAUUUGAGAAAAGAAUUGGGGGCUAUCAUAUAUGAUACAAACGUGUUAGGCUUCAAGGGUCCUCGAAAAAUGACCAUCGUGAUCCCUAGCAUGAAUCUUGAUAACGAAAGAAUAGAGAUUAUACCUAGAUCGGAAUACGAAACAAUAUUCGAGAAGUGGAAGAGAAGGGAAUUGGACUGCAUUCUAGAGCUCAAAAAUAAAACCCCGAUAUGGAACGACGAUACUCAAUCAUACGUGCUAAAUUUUCACGGGAGAGUGACUCAAGCGUCCGUUAAAAAUUUUCAAAUCGUUCACGAAAAUGAUGUAAAUUACAUAUUCAUGCAAUUCGGUCGCGUGUCCGAAGACGGGUUUACGAUGGAUUAUAGCUACCCGAUGUGCGCUGUUCAAGCGUUCGCGGUAGCUCUCAGCAGCUUUGACGGCAAGUUAGCCUGCGAAUAGGAACACACAACCGAGAAUCUCACUUUCUUUUUUUUCUUCUUCCUUUCUUUUAAAUUGACUUUAUAAACUUUUCGUAAAAUUAAUUCCCCGAAAUUCCCCGAAGAAAAAUAACCAUGAUCAAAUAAUAUAGACCUAACCCAAAGCUCCGAUAUUCCUUUAUCAAUGUUACCUUCAUGUGCGUUGCGAGGAUGAUAGUUUUUUAUUCUAAAUCAAUGAAUCUUUGUGUGUACACAAACUAACACUUUGUAUUGUAAACAUAUUACUAAUAUUUCAUUUUUUUUUUUUAAAAUAUCAAUUUCACCAUUAUAAAUUGGCACAAGUGCAAUUUUAAACAAAAAUAAUUAAAUGAUUUUAAAAAGUGACAAAGUUAUAAUAACCAACAAUAUCGGGCCGACCCGUAGUCCAGACCCGGGUUUCAGACCCGGUCAUCGGAUAUUAUUCGUAUUUAUACGUAAAUAUAUAUUUUUUUAUUACAACUCAGUCAUAAUUUAUAAAUAAUAUAUUUGGCCAAAUUUUAAACCCGUGGUUUUAUGUGAUUCAUUAUUUUUGUCACAAAUUUUUAUUUUAAAGAUCACACGAGUUUCAUGAUUUCGAUAUGUAUGAUAUUUGUAUAAAGGACUUUAUAAAA